AUGGCGACGCGACAGGUCAAGCUUGUGGUGGUGGGUGACGGAGCUGUGGGCAAGACAUGCCUGCUCUUGAGCUACGCCACCAACGGCAUGCCAAAGACCUACGAGCCGACGAUCUUUGACAACUUCGUAGUCCAGCUCUCGGCUAAUGGUGAGUCGCUCGAGCUGUCGCUCUGGGACACGGCCGGCCAGGAGGACUUCGACCGGCUGCGCCCGCUCUCGUACGGAAACACCGACGUCUUCCUCCUGUGCUUCUCCGUCGUCGAUCCGGUUUCCUUCGACAACGUCUUAGACAAGUGGCUUACGGAGCUGCGUCACUACUGCCCUUCGGCGGCAAUCAUCCUCGUGGGCACCAAGUCGGACCUUCGGCAGGACGGCACCACCUUGGAAGCGCUCAAGCGACGCGGCCAAUCGCCAGUGUCGGUCGAGCAGGCCGAGGCGGGCGCACGCAAGAUGCGGGCCGUGACGUACGUCGAAUGCAGCGCCAUCACCGGGCACAACCUCAAGCACACCUUCGACGAGGCCAUAAAGGCCGUUCUCCUCGGCAAGCGGAAUCGGGGUACCGAUAAGAAGAAGUGCCUCGUCAUGUAA